CGGGAUCUGGGGAAUCCAGCGCCGGGAGUGUGGCCGCAGUUGAGUGCCGUCACCAUGUCCCUGCAGGGUGAUUUUGAUAAGGCAGCUGACGACGUGAGGAAGCUGAAAACCAGGCCAGACGAUGAGGAACUGAAAGUCCUCUACGGGCUCUACAAACAGUCUGUAGUGGGAGACGUGGAUAUUGAAUGUCCAGGAGUGUUAGAUCUAAAAGGCAAGGCUAAAUGGGAAGCCUGGAACCUCCAAAAAGGAUUAUCGAAGGAUGAUGCCAUGAGUGCCUAUAUUUCUAAAGCAAAAGAGCUGAUAGAAAAAUACGGAAUCUAGAAUUCAGCGCGUGAGAAAAUUUCCCUUUUCGGAGCCUUCGUAAUGGUAUCAUGACCUAAGAUUUAGGGAAGGGACAUGCCAUUAACUCUUUCCGUAUCAUGAGUAUUUUUGCUAUUAACACGAAUUGCAGUUCUUAACUAGAGGUAUGCUGAAACUACAUAUUUAGUGAAAUUUUACUUGCUAAAACCAGGCAAGUUUUAAAAGUUGUUUUACAGAAGUAUUGCUCUGGUCGCAUGUGCACAGAAACAUUAACAUUGGUUGGUUCUUCUAGCUCAUCUGUUUUUCUUCAGUGAGCUGUUCUUACUGGUGUGAUCAAAGCAGCUGAUUAAAAACCAGUAACAAGACUCUUCCUCGUUGCACAUGAAGCUUUGAGGUUUCCACUGUCACAGGGCCUUGGCAGUCACGGACAUUCCUGGUUCCAGCCCUCUUCCUGUGAUGUCUUUACCAGAUAACCUGAGGCAAAUCACUAGGCUUGGUUAGCCUCAUCUGUAGAGUAAGGGGGAAAAAAUCAGUCUCCCAGGGCUGUGAGAAUGGAAUGAGAUAACCGAUUAUCCUACCGUCAUUUUAAAGCAUAUCCUGUAUAAAGCGUAACAGUAAGCAACAAAGUUUUUAAAAAUAAACUUGCGAGUCUAUCUGAAGCCCUUCAAAGAAAGAAAAAAGCCAUCAUGGGAAUAUCAACUAUUUGUCUUUGAAUUUUUACCUUUCUGUCAAAUAGAAAAAUCAAGCUGAAAUGUAGAAGCUAGUGAUGAUAAAGUGUACAGUGGCUGUGCUUCUUACAUCCAGUUUUAUCAGAGUGAAAAAUGCAGAGUCUGAAAUAUCAUACUGGACCAGUUCUCAAUCUGACGUGCCUGUACACAUGGUCUCUGAAAAAAAGGUAAUCUCAUUUACACGGUCCUAAAAUCUAUUUAAGAUUCCACUGGCUAAAAAUCCCUUCGAACUGUGUACCUCUAUUCCCUGAAUAAGGAUUCAGACUUGGUGUCAUAUGACCAGAGGGAUAGAUUGAUUUCAUAUGACUUUUUUAAAAAGUCUGGAUGGACUAGAUGAAUUGCCAGGGAAUUAUAAUGAGUGAAAAAAGUCAACCCCGAAAGGUUACGCACUGUAUGAUCCCAUUUAUGUAACAUUCUUGAAAUGGCAAAAUUAUACACAAAGAGGACUGAAUAGUGAUGGCCAGGGAGGAGGAGGAUUGGGGGUGAGAGGAGGGGAUCCAGUGGUGAUGGAAUGUUCUGUAUUCUGACUAUCUGUGUCAUCUUCGGCUGUGAUAUUACACUAGAGUUUUGCAAGAUGUUGCCAUUAGGGGAAACUUGUAUCGUUUCUUAGAAACACCUGUGAAUCUACAGUUAUCUCAAAAUAAAAAUUUUAAUUAAAAA